UAUGUUGUAGGACAGACUUUCACUUAAAUUUUCACUUAAAUUUUGCAAGAAUCGUUAUAUCAAUAAUGAAUUGUCUACUGUGGACCUCAGUUACUGUCCUGAGCCUGGUUUGGGCUAUUGGAGGGCAAUCAAGUGAUGGAGAUGUGAGGCUGAUAGAUUCAUCUGGUUUAACAGGAGGUUCAUCUGGAAGACUGGAGAUCUACUAUGAUAACCAGUGGGGGACAGUGUGUGAUGACAAUUUCACUUCAAAUGAUGCAAGAGUGGCUUGUCGUCAGCUGGGAUACGCAGACUAUACUAACUAUGGCCGAGUAGGAACAUUAGGUUUCUCCGAACCUUUAUCAAGCACUCCGAUAUGGCUGGACGAGCUUGGUUGCUUAGGAACUGAGAGCAGACUCAUUAAUUGUCCUGCUAACACUAUCGGAGAUGAUGAUUGCUACCAUUCAGAAGAUAUUGCCUUGGUCUGUACUGCAAAUGGAUACCUGAGGCUGGUAGGCAACUCAGGCCAAACAGGAGGUUCCUCUGGCAGACUGGAGUUCUAUUACAAUGGAACAUGGGGGACAGUGUGUGAUGACAACUUUGGAUCAAAUGAUGCCAGUGUGGCUUGUCGUCAACUAGGGUUCUCAACCUACACUCAAUACGGAAAUGUUGGAAUGCUAAGUUCCGAUGACAUCUCAUCAAGCUCUCCAAUAUGGCUGGACGAACUUAGUUGCUUAGGAACUGAAAGCAGACUCAUUGAUUGUCCUGAUGCUAACAUUAUGAGAGUUGGACAUUGCUCCCAUUCAGAAGAUGUGACUUUGGUAUGCAGCUCAAGUGGUAGUACCUCCACUUCCACUUCUACUUCCUCCAGUCCAUCUUUAUCCUCUGACAUCGUGUCAGUCGGUGCUGGGGUGGCCACUUCCAUCAUCAUCGUCGCUAUCAUCAUUUUUUUCCUUAUGUUGUGUGGUUUCAUAUACAGUAGAAAACGUCGUGUGGGUCGCCCAGCAACUAGGAUUAGGACUUCUAGAUCUGUCGCUAGUGCCACCCCAACAAUUGUAAUCAUUGCAAAAUCUUCUAAAGUGGCAAAAGAGCAAGAUACUGCCUAUCCCACGCAAUCAAGGAACAAACAUCCUUCAUACUCUAAUCAGACUCCCAAGCGGAAGGUGUCUGGGUCUCAACCAGUUACCGUUAACCCGACUGGACAAUAUGCCGACCCCUCUGGCUCAUAUCCCACGGCCUAUUUUCAGCAACCCUCAGCCCCUUAUUAUACUGAAGAACUACAGUACCCCGCUGGACCACCUCCUGCUCAGUACCCCACUGGACAACCACCCCCUGCUCAAUACCCCACUGGACAACCACCUCCUGCUCAGUACCCCACUGGACAACCUCAGUAUUUUGAUGGUGGUGGAGUACCUCCAGCAUAUUAUCCAGGCUAUGGAGCCAAGUACUAAUUAACUGAUCAGUGUUGAAGUUCAUUCGUGUUUAUAUAUUAUAGUGAAAGACUGAUAGAAACGAUUAUCUUGUGUAGCUGCUACGAUAAUUAUCUUUGAAGCACAGAUCUGAUAUAAAAUAUUUCGAAAAACUGCUUAUUAAAAAUUGAUAAUUAAAGCACUCACAAUAAAAAAAAAAACACUGUACAUGCAUGUACACACUGGACCACCCCCUGCUCAGUACCCCACUGGACCACCCCCUGCUCAGUAUCCCACUGGACAACCACCUCCUGCUCAGUACCCCACUGGAC